AGAUCGGGCCGGAAACAGCUGAUAAACUGGGCCAGAAAGUACACGUUUUGGUCCUUGACAAUCAAUCAUUGAGCUGAAUCUGGAAAACAAUUCAGAAUCAGAGCCAGAAGGAAAUCGGGAAUACAAGGAAAUCUGAAGAUACAAGAACCUUAUAAGCAUUCGAUUCUUUGUUUUUCUCGGAUACAAUAAACAUUCGAUUCUUAGAGGGAGGCAAGCAUAAAAUUUUGAUGUGACUUAUGGAUUUAUGAUAUUGGUAUCUGGAAUACACCGUUUGUAUGAGUUUCUUACUUUAUGGGAAUUCUAGAAUUUGAAGUUCGGUGGUCGGUAUGCAAUGUUUUGAUCCUUAUGGGAUGAUUGUGACUUUGAGAGCUAGUUUGAUUAAUAAGUGGCUUCGAAAGAAAUGAAUAGUGAAGUUUGGAGAUGGGGUUUAGGUUUGCUAUACAUAUUUGCUGUUGCCGCUAUAUGGAUAGCUGCUAGUUUUGUGGUACAGUCUGUUGUUGAUGCAGGUGUUUCACCAUUUCUAAUAACAUUCAUUUGCAAUUCAUUAUUCAUUGUUUAUAUUCCCUUGGUCGAAAUCGGGCGGUAUCUAGAAGAUAAUUGUGGAAGUUUAUUGUUCCGAAGAAAUUCGAGAAGCAGCCCUUUACAAGAGUUGAGAGAAUCGGAGCAAGCUAUCCUUCUUGGAGAGAGUGUUUUAGGCUCAAGAGCAGAUGGAUCAAGUCAAUUCUCACUUGCGGAAGAGGGGGAAAUUAAUCAUGAGAUUCUGAAUGGUUCACUGUUUGAAACCGAUUCGGAUGAGCUUACCCCGACUUUGCCUAGUCAAGGUGAAGUUGCCAAUGUUGGCUUAGAUGCAAAAGGGCGAUGGACACGUACUAGGGUGGCUAAAGUUAGCCUGUUAAUAUGCCCAUUUUGGUUUCUGGCGCAACUGGCUUUUAAUCUCUCAUUGAAGUACACUACUGUAACGUCUAACACCGUCUUGAGCAGUGCGUCAAGCAUUUUCACAUUUUUGGUUUCUUUGGCAUUCUUGGGUGAGAAGUUCAGUUGGAUAAAGCUUGUAAGUGUCCUUCUUUGCAUGACAGGAACCAUUAUUGUCAGCUUGGGCGACUCACACAACAACAAGAAUUUAAGAAUAAUUGCUUCAAACCCUGUUCUUGGAGACGUUCUGGCUCUUGUCUCAGCUGCCCUCUAUGCUGUAUAUGUUACACUUAUUCGUAAAAAGUUACCUGAUAAUGAAGAAAAGAGUGGCCGUGCCAGUAUGGCACAAUUCCUGGGAUUUCUAGGGCUUUUCAACGUAUUAUUAUUCCUUCCUUUUGCUCUUAUACUCCAUUUCACCAAGCUAGAGUCCGUCAACAUGCUAUCCCGGAAGCAGUUUGGCCUAAUUAUAGGAAAAGGCUUGUUGGACAAUGUGCUGAGUGAUUAUUUAUGGGCAAAAGCUGUUCUUCUUACCACGACAACAGUAGCAACAGCCGGUCUUGCUAUCCAGGUGCCAUUGGCGGCAAUUGUUGAUACAAUAAUCGGAAAUGGUCCUCAUCUCAUGGAUUACCUGGGAGCUGCAGCCGUGAUGAUCGGUUUUGCAGGAAUCAACAUCCCUUCUGAUGUUUUUUGUAGAGCUAAAGAAGGCACCGUUGAAUUAGUGAAUGCAAGUGUUAGCUUAGCUAAUCAAGAGCAUACACCAUUACCUCGGGAAGAAACAAUUUGACUAACAUAUUGUUGGUUUUAUUAAGGUUAAUUCUAUUGACCAUAUAUUGUUUUC